AUUAAGUGGAAGAUUGUUUCUUUUCUUCCCGGAGACAGGGUCAGAAAUAAACUGCAGCUAGCACCGGCUAUUUCGCUACUCUGCACGUCACAACCAUGAAAUACAGGACAGUUGUUAUGCACAUUGAAAUAGGUUCCUUUGUGUGUUGUGUGAUUGGAUGGAUCUUAAUUUGUGCCACAAUGCCACUAGAAUUCUGGACAUACUCCGAAGUUGCAUCUACAGUUCUCACCACCAACUACUUCCAUUCCAACCUGUGGAAAGACUGUACAUCUGAUUCAACUGGGAUGAUUGACUGCAAGGCGUUUCCAACACUGCUUGCUUUGCAACCUUAUAUCCAUUUGUGUCGAGCACUUCUUAUCAUCUCUAUAUUACUGGGAAUAUUUGGAGCCGUUCUAGCCCUGGUGGGGAUGAAGUGCACCAAAGUUGGUGGGUCAGAAAUAGCAAAUUCAAGAGUUACCUUUGCUGCAGGGAUAAAUUAUCUCAUAUCAGGUUUUUGUUCUCUUCUUGCUUACAGCUGCUAUGGAAGCAGAAUUGUUUCAGAGUUUCUUGAUCCCAACUAUAAUGCUCCAAAGUUUGAGCUUGGAUCAGCACUAUUUAUUGGGUGGAGUGGGUCUAGUCUUCUUAUAAUUGGGGGACUGGUUUACAGCAUCAUUGGAGGAAAGGAGGGCUGUCAUUCAAGCUCAACCACUAAAGAGAUUCUGAUAUAUUCAGCACCUCUUGAAGGGACAAGCAAACAAGCAAACAGAGAUCCAUCUUCAGCUUUUCCUCAGAUCGACAGCAAGAAGUCUGAACACACAGGCAGGCCUAAAAAAUAUAAGAAGGAUGAAUAUGUUUAGCUUAUUUUUGUCUUAUUGACAUUUUGGUUUUAAAUUGGGGACAAGACUGUUCUGACACAUACUGCCAAAAAUACAGUAUCAAUUAGGAG